UUUCAUGGGUUCUUUUUUUUAAGUCGGGUAGUUCAUAACUGCAUAUUAACACGAAUUUAAAAUAUUGCACGCUUGCAAAACGUUUAAUUUACAUACUCCAAUGCCUUUCUUGUACUAAGGCAUGCGCUUUACAUUUCCUUGGCUAUUACGGUAACGUGAGGUAGGCGGACGUUUGCGUCGGAAUGUACCAUUUUGCCAACACACCGGGAAGGAUUUUGUUGUGACAGCGGAGUUACAACCCGGCGGGGGAGACGGUAAUAACAUAGGGUUUUUUCCAGCUUGGAUCAAUAAUGGCCUUCAGCAAGGGAUAUCGUAUUUACCACAAGCUGGACCCACCACCUUACAGUGUCAUAGUGGAAACUAGGGCCAGGGAGGAAUGCCUCAUGUUUGAAUCAGCAGCUGUUGCUGUUCUGUCGGCAGCAGAGAAGGAUGCUAUUAAAAACACAUAUACCAAGAUAGUUGAUGCCUAUGGAAUUCUGGGUGUUCUUCGCCUAAACCUUGGUGACUCCAUGCUCCACAGUCUUGUGGUUGUGACAGGCUGCAGCUCUGUGGGCAAGGUGCAGGAUUCAGAAGUUUUCAGAGUCACGCAGACAGACUUUAUAUCACUGAAGAAUGAUCCAGGAGAUGAAGAACGAAUUGCUGAGGUGCGAAAGGUCCUAAACUCAGGACAUUUUUACUUUGCCUGGUCUUCCACUGGAGUCAGCAUGGACUUGAGUCUCAAUGCACAUCGAAGGAUCAUAGAAGACACUACAGAUAACCGCUUCUUUUGGAAUCAAUCUCUGCAUCUGCACCUAAAACAUUACGGUGUAAACUGUGACGACUGGCUGCUGAGGCUGAUGUGUGGUGGUGUGGAGAUCAGGACCAUCUAUGCAGGCCACAAACAAGCCAAGGCAUGCAUCUUCUCACGCCUAAGCUCAGAGCGUGCCGGCACGCGAUUCAAUGUCCGAGGAACAAAUGAUGAUGGACAAGUGGCCAACUUUGUGGAAACUGAGCAGGUUAUUUUCCUGGAUGACAAAGUCUCAUCCUUCAUACAGAUCCGUGGGUCCAUUCCUCUUUUCUGGGAACAGCCAGGAAUCCAGGUUGGUUCUCAUCGUGUCAAACUCUCAAGGGGAUUUGAGGCAAAUGCGCCAGCAUUUGAAAGACACUUUACUGCACUGAGGCGGUUGUAUGGUAAGCAGGUGAUAAUCAACCUGCUUGGAAGUAAAGAAGGGGAACACAUGCUCAGCAAAGCGUUUCAGAGUCACCUGAAAGCAUCAGAACAUUCUUCAGCAGUGAAAAUGGUGAACUUUGACUACCAUCAGAAUGUGAAAGGUGGAAAGGCAGACAAACUUCACAGUGUCCUCAAGCCCCAGCUCAGCAAAUUCGUAGAAGAGUGUGGUUUCUUCUACUAUUCUGGAGAAACUGGGAUAUUAAGGACUCAGGGAGGGACUAUGAGGACCAACUGCCUGGAUUGUUUGGAUAGAACCAACAGUGUCCAAGCUUUUUCUCUCGAGAUGCUGCCUAAGCAGUUGGAACAAAUGGGUUUGACAGAGAAACCACAGCUGGUGGCCAGGUUUCAAGAGGUUUUUAGGACCAUGUGGUCCGCUAAUGGUGACUCCGUCAGUAAGAUCUACGCAGGCACCGGGGCCCUGGAUGGCAAAGCCAAGGCGGGGAAGCUGAAAGAUGGAGCUCGUUCUGUGACUCGGACCAUCCAGAACAACUUCUUUGACAGUUCAAAGCAGGAGGCUAUAGACAUCCUGAGGCUAGGCUCCACACUCAACAGUGAUUUGGCAGACAAAGCUCGGGCUUUGCUCACCACUUCCAGUCUUUAUGCAUCUCCAAGAGUAUUGUUGGGAAUGUGUCAGAACUACCAUAAAUACACAAUGCCCAAGCAGAUUCGUGUUUGCAUCGGUACCUGGAAUGUCAAUGGGGGUAAACAGUUUCGAAGCAUUGCUUUCCGCAACCAGACACUCAACGACUGGCUGCUGGAUGCUCCAAAGAAGGCGGGACAUCCUGAGUUCCAGGACAGCAGAACAAACCCCAUAGAUAUCUUUGCCAUCGGUUUUGAGGAAAUGGUUGAACUGAAUGCGGGAAACAUCGUCAGCGCCAGUACUACUAAUCAGAAGCUGUGGGCAGCUGAGCUCCAAAAAAAUAUCUCACGGGACCACAAGUAUGUGCUGCUUGCCUCAGAGCAGCUGGUGGGAGUGUGUCUUUUUGUUUUCAUCCGCCCACAGCAUGCACCAUUUAUCAGGGAUGUAGCUGUUGAUACUGUAAAAACUGGAAUGGGUGGUGCCACAGGUAAUAAAGGAGGUGUGGCAAUCCGCCUGUUGUUCCAUACCACCAGCAUCUGCUUCGUCUGCUCCCACUUUGCUGCCGGCCAAUCACAGGUCAAAGAGAGGAAUGACGACUACAAUGAGAUCACACGCAGACUCAGCUUCCCCAUGGGUCGUCUGCUGUAUUCACAUGAUUAUGUGUUCUGGUGUGGAGACUUUAACUAUCGUAUCAGUCUGCCUAAUGAGGAAGUAAAAGAUCUCAUCAAGCAACAGAACUGGGAUGCCUUGACAGCAGGGGACCAGUUGUUGGAUCAGAAGAAUGCCGGUUUGGUCUUUCGAGGUUUUAUUGAGGGAAAAUUAGAUUUUGCCCCCACCUAUAAAUAUGACCUCUUCUCAGAAGACUAUGACACCAGUGAGAAGUGCCGCACGCCCGCCUGGACUGACCGUAUACUUUGGAAGAGGAGAAAGUGGAACUUUGACAAAACAGCUGAGGAGAUGAAUAUAGUAGGAGCAGCUUCUUCAUCUAGAGAUAGUGAUGAUGAUGUAGAACAAACCUGGAGCCCUGGCACUUUAAAGUACUACGGAAGGGCUGAGCUGAAGACCUCAGACCACAGGCCUGUGGUGGCAGUGAUAGAUGUGGACAUCCUAGAAGUGGACCCAGAGGCUCGGCAUCAGGUCUACAAGGAUGUCAUUGCCCGACAGGGGCCUCCAGAUGGCACCAUUCUAGUGUCACUCUGCACCUCCGGGCCUGACGACUACUUUGAUGAUGCACUCAUAGACGAGCUGCUAGAAAAGUUUGCUAAUUUUGGAGAAGUUAUCCUCAUUAGGUUUGUUGAGGAGAAGAUGUGGGUGACUUUCUUGGAAGGGUACUCUGCUCUGGCUGCUCUGUCUCUCAGUGCUUCCACUGUCCUUGGCAAGAUGAUUGAUAUCCGUCUGAAGAGUCCAGGCUGGAUCAAGAGUCUGGAGGAAGAGAUGAGUGUGGAGAGGAUCUGUGGAAGCAUUCCCACAUCUGCCAGCUCCACCCUGCUUGCUGAAGAUACAGACAUGGGUGAUGAUGAUUACGACAUGGAAGGUGAUGUGGACGAGGAGGUUGAGGAGAUCCUUCCUCAGCACCUGCAGCCUGGAGCAGGGACUGGCCCUGGAUCUUCCCCUCUCCCUUCUCCCAGAAGUAGCCCCUGUCCCUCCCCCACCCAUGGAGAACCCGCUGCACCCAGCAGACCUAGCCGUGGAGCACAGCCCUCCCGACCAUCACAAGGCCCUCCUGUUGACUUCCAGCCUGGUGCCCCCACAGCUCAAGGCCUGGAGCCCAAACGUCCACCUCCUCCUCGCCCCAACGCCCCCCCUGCCAGACCAGCACCUCCACAACGCCCACCACCACCUUCAGGUCGAGGGCAGACAGCAGCAGGAGCACCUGGACCAGGAGGUGCUUCCAGACCAAAUAUCCCUCCUCGAGCUGGGGUGAUCAGUGUGCCACCUCAGUCUCGCCCACCACCUCCAUCUCACCCUGGAGCACCAAGGCCCAUUCCAGAGGUGCAUCCCGGGGCCCCUCGCCCUAUUCCAGAUACCCACCCUGGAGCCCCACGACCUGUGCCCAGUGCCCAGACCAAACCAGCUGACCUGCCUCUGGGUCCUCAACCCUCAGGAGCACCUCCUGCAGCUCCACCUGCAGUGAAGCCCCAGGUUUCCUCACCCAUGCAGCCUCCCAUGCAGCCUCAGCCAGCUGCCCCUCCAGCUCAGUCUCAGCUUCCACCUCCAAUGCAGCCCACACUUCCAGCUCCUCUCCAGCCACAGCCAGCGCCAGCCCCUAAAGCAGCAGGUCCAUCUGCUGCACCUGCUGCUGCCGCCCCUGCCGGGCCUCCGCCGAGUUUAGCCUCUCCUAAACCCCCACCACGUUCCCGCUCCUCUCAUGCUCUGCCACCUGACGCUGCCAAGUCUGAGACUGCCCCAGCUGCACAGACAAACGGACUGAAUGGGAUUCAAGGAGAAGCACAAUGGAAGCCCGACCCCUUUGACACACUUACAUCUGAUUUCUUGUCCUCCUCAUCUUCUUGGCACACCACCCAGUCACUGACCAGAGGAUCCUCCCGACGUACGCCAACUGUCUUUUCCUCCACCACUCUCCCAUCAUCCUUCUCCCACCAGUCCUCCACUCUAGCAGAUUUGCAAGCCUUUGAUUCAUCCUCCUCUUCUUCACUCUCCACCCCAUCACCAUUUGCCUCGACGCUGCUCCCACCUCCUCCGGUCCCGUCUCGCAGCCGCUCUCAGGAGACGCUACGGGCCUCCCCCAACCCUUUCUCAGCUGACCCACUUCCUGCCCGACCCAGCAGCACCAACCCCUUCACUGGCCCACUGGUGCAGCAGCAGCAGCGGCGCCCGCUCACACCUGACUUCACUUUUCAGCUUUCGCCUCCAACAGCAAACCUUCAGAGAACUGUGUCUCUUACUCCACCACUGAUACCCACCCCAGCUCAAACAGGAGCCCCUACAGCUGUACCCACCACCCAACUCCAAAGGACCAUGUCUCUGUUUGGACCAUCAUCCAGUCUUAAUCCUGCCCCUGCUUCUUUGCUCCCUCUUGCCCUUAACCCAUCUCCUCCUCCCACUUUACCCAUGGUGGCACCCUCAUCUCUUCCACCUGCUGUCGCGCCUCGACACCAGCCACCUGGCCCAGUAGCAAAGCAAGCUAAGCAGUGGGUCACUUUCGAUGAUGAUUUUCCACCUUCAAGCAAAACUUCACAAAACCCAGUCUUUCCUUCCAGUUCCCUCAUGCCCCAAACUCAGAUGCAGCCUUCCAGUUCUGUGUUUAAUUUAGAACCAGAGUGGUUAUCUUCCAUGCCUGCAGCAAUCCCGACCCUCUCUCCUCCCAUCCCAAACAGAACUGCAACCAGUAACCCAAAGCUCCCAGAGGGACCCAGUGGCAACGGCUUAUUCCCCAGGGAUUCAAUGGAAAGAUAGAAUCACAGUUCAUAUGUAAAGGGCAUAUCCAGAUAUGUAUAGAUCUAUGAUAAAUGUGUAUAUGUGUGUAUGUACAAAAGAGACAGUAUUUAAGAAGUAUAGACCAAUUCCCUUCUGAAUCACAGGAAAGGCUUUGUACCUCGAGCAGUACGAUGACAAGAGUAUGAGCCCAAAAGUGUGUUGUUGACUUUACCUUCCCGGAUAUUAACACUUAUUUUACUAAGAAUCAUUCUGAUGGUUAUUUUUUAUUCAUGGCAGCAAACAUGUGCCUGUGUCUACAGUAUGUUAAUCAAAGUAUAUCUAUACGCACAAAUCAUUUGUGUAGUCACUUGUGCAAUAUCGAAAUAUUCCUUGGCUGUGCACCACGCUGCAUUUGCCUGCAAAGUUUUACCUAAAUCUGUGUAACUUUUAAAAUUGCACACCGUGGUUCAUAUCCUUCAUUUUGAACGAGCUCCUCGCCAGAGUUGAUGCUAAUCUACUUUUCACAGUAUCGUCACAGAAGGUUACGCACUGCAGGUUUACAUUUGCCCCGAUGUUUGCUGCUGUCCGCAGCAGUUUUCUUUGAUUUGCAAAUAUAGUUAAUUGUAAGUUUUAUUUCUGUUCUUUUGUAUGUGAGAUAAAAAUUGAAGCAUUA